GCAAACAGUUUGGUUUGUUGACGGCACCUCGUCAUAGUCCUAGAUCUAACCAUACACCAAACACACACAAAUUCGCAUCGCACCUCCCAAUUCCCAUGACAUAAACACCAAUACAGAGCAGCAUAACAUAAACAACACAAACAGUGACGACUACAACUACUACUAGUACUCUACUCUCCCUCUUUGACUCCUCUUCCUCCAUGGCCUCCGAGUUGGCCGAGUCCGAUCAAACCAACAUCGACGGCGUGCGUAUGACAUGGAACACCUGGCCCCGCACCAAAGUCGAACUCUCUAAAUGCGUCAUCCCUCUCGCCGCCUCUCUCUCUCCUCUCCACCCCCACCCCUCCAUUCUCUCUCUCCCCUACUCUCCUCUCCACUGCAAAACCUGCUCCGCGAUUAUCUCUCCCUUCGCCCGCGUCGAUUUCGCCGCCCUCAUCUGGAUCUGCCCCUUUUGCUACCAGCGCAACCACUUCCCCCACCACUACUCCGCCGUCUCCGAGACGAAUGUUCCCGCCGAAUUGUACCCGCAGUACACCACUAUCGAGUAUACCAUGAAUGAAACGGUGGCCAAGUCGCCGCCGGUGUUUUUGUUUGUGGUGGAUACGUGUGUGGUGGAGGAGGAAUUAGGGUUUGCCAAAUUGGCGCUGAGUCAGGCGAUUGGGUUGUUGCCGGAGAAUGCGCUUGUGGGGUUAGUCAGUUUCGGGACUCAGGUGCAGGUUCAUGAGCUGGGGUUUGGGGAGAUGUCCAAGGUUUACGUCUUUCGGGGAGGGAAGGAGUUGGGGAAGGAUCAGAUUUUGGAGCAAUUGGGAUUAGGGAGGAGGACUGGGGGGUUUGGGAAAGCCGGGGUUUUCGAUUCGGGUGUUAGUAGGUUUUUGUUGCCUGCUUCUGAUUGCGAGUAUACGUUCACUUCGAUAUUAGAGGAGUUGGGGACGGAUCAGUGGCCAGUUCCGCCUGCUAGUAGAGCUGCGAGGUGUACGGGAGUGGCACUCAGUGUUGCUUCUGGAUUGCUUGGAGCUUGUUUGCCUGGUACGGGAGCACGGAUAAUUGCAUUAGUGGGUGGUCCAUGUACAGAAGGACCCGGCGCGAUUAUAUCUAAGGACUUGUCUGAUCCAGUUCGUUCCCAUAAAGAUUUGGAUAAGGAUGCAGCACCUUAUUUUAGAAAAGCUGUUCAAUUUUAUGAAGAACUUGCAAAGCAGCUUGUCAGCCAGGGGCAUGUUUUGGACCUUUUUGCCUCUGCACUUGAUCAGGUUGGUGUUGCAGAGAUGAAAGUUAUUAUUGAAAGAACAGGUGGGCUUGUUGUUCUAUCUGAAAGUUUUGGACAUUCUGUUUUCAAAGACUCUUUUAGGCGUGUUUUUGAAGACGGGGAGCAGUCAUUGGGGCUCUCCUUUAAUGGUACACUUGAGAUUAAUUGUUCAAAAGAUAUAAAGAUUCAGGGAAUCAUUGGACCUUGCACAUCUCUGGAAAAGAAAGGUCCUGCUGUUGCCAGCUCAGUUAUUGGACAGGGGAACACUACUGCCUGGAAGAUGUGUGGCCUUGAUAAAACAACUUGCUUGACUGUUUUCUUUGACAUAUCAUCUAGUGAAAAACCAGAUCCUACAGGAAAUAUAAAUCCACAGUUGUACAUACAGUUCCUUACAAGUUAUCAAAGCCCUGAUUGUCAACAAAAAUUGCGUGUUACCACCAUAACUAAACGAUGGACAGAUGGUGCUGUUGGGUCAGAGGACCUCAUACAAGGAUUUGAUCAAGAAACAGCUGCUGUAGUAAUUGCAAGAUUAACCUCUCAUAAAAUGGAGAUGGAGGAAGGAUUUGAUGCUACACGGUGGUUGGAUCGAAAUCUUAUCCGUCUUUGCUCCAAGUUUGGUGACUACCGCAAGGAUGAUCCACUUUCAUUUACAUUAAACCCCUUAUUUUCAUUGUUUCCGCAGUUUAUGUUUAAUUUGCGAAGAUCACAAUUCGUGCAGGUAUUUAACAACAGUCCAGACGAGACUGCCUAUUUUCGGAUGUUGCUGAAUCGAGAAAAUGUGCCGAACUCUCUAGUUAUGAUACAACCAUCACUCAUCUCAUAUUCCUUUAAUGGUCUGCCUGAAGCAGUCCUAUUGGAUGUGGCAUCAAUUGCUGCAGAUCGUAUUUUGUUGUUGGACUCAUAUUUUAGCAUGGUUAUAUUUCAUGGUAUGACAAUAGCUCAGUGGAGAAAUAUGGGCUACCAAAACCAGCCAGAACAUCAGGCAUUCGCACAAUUGUUGCAAGCUCCUCAUAACGAUGCCCAGCUAAUUAUUCGUGAACGUUUCCCAGUUCCAAGAUUGGUGGUCUGCGAUCAGCAUGGUUCCCAGGCAAGAUUUCUACUGGCAAAGCUGAAUCCAUCAGCAACGUAUAACAAUGCUUCUGAAAUGGCAGCUGGUAUGGAUGUAAUUUUCACCGAUGAUGUGAAUCUGCAGGUGUUCAUUGAACAUCUUCAGAGGUUGGCAGUGCAAUCUUCUUGAUUACACAACGGAGGAAGACUCUGAAAGAGUUGAAUUUUGACCUGUAUCAAAUGUCGGUACAAUUUCAGAUGCCCUCUCUGGGUAACCUCUUAUUCCGUUACAGGAUUCAUUGCUCUUUGUAUCCUUCAUAUGAGAUGAGAGGUCUAGACAUACAUCCAAAGAACAAUAAGAAAGGCACAUAAUAUUCUUUGGGGGCUUCAGAGAGGUGUUUGAAAUAACGGGUUUAGGUUUUGUUUGUUUUUUCCCCUUUUAAUUACUACAUGGUAUGAAAAUUGUAAUGUAAGUUAAUAGAGGAUACAGCUGAGCAGUACGAUAGUUCUAGAGGGUCAAGUGUAGCAAUGUAGAUUUAAGUAUUCCGAUUCACUUGUUUGUUCGAGUCGCACCAUUCACAGAUCAAAGGUUUGCCUAUAUCUAUAAUUCUAUAUUGAAUUUGUAGGUUGUACAAUUGGAGCCAAGUCUCCCAAGGUUGAGAAGUUUAGAACUUUAUGUUGCUUCAAGUUCUAUAUUUGAGUUGUAAUAUACACCAAUUUUACA